AUGGGGAUGUUCAAGAAGGAAAGGGAAGAAGAAACAGAGCAGCCUCUCCUCCUUCCUCCUCCUUCUUCAUCAUCAUCAUCAUCGUCUUCUUCUUCUUCUUCUCAGGAUCAUGUUGGUGAUCGAGAUUCCACUCUCACUCCAACCUUUCUUCUCAGCAUCUUGGCAGUUGCUUGUGGCUGCUUCGCCACUGGAUGCACUAUCGGAUACACUUCUCCUGUUGAGUACCAGAUCAUUGGGGAAUUGGGUCUCACUGUUGAUGAGUACUCUGUUUUCGGGUCAAUGAUGGUUGUUGGAGGACUGGCGGGUUCUCUAGUAGGUGGGAAGAUUACUGAACUCAGUGGAAGGAAACGUACAAUGAUGGGUCUGGAUGGACUGUUCAUAGGUGGAUGGUUGACAAUUGCAUCUGCAAAGGGUGCUCCACAGCUUUACUUUGGGAUGCUCUUGAUUGGAAUGGCAGCACCCAUCAAUCUUUAUCUGGCCCCUAUUUAUGUUGCAGAGAUCACACCCAGCAACCUAAGGGGAACAGUUGUCUCAGUCACUCAGCUGAUAAUGUUUUGCAGCAUUUCAUUCGCAUACCUUUUGGGUUCAUUGAUCAACUGGCGUGCUUUGGCACUAAUAGGAGCAAUUCCAUGUCUAGUGCAGCUGUUUCUUACUGUGUUCAUCAUUCCUGAGUCUCCAAGGUGGUUGGCUAAAACUGGGAAGAAAAAGGAGUUUGAGGCUGCCCUGCUGCAGCUUAGAGGAGGAAAUGCUGAUAUCUCUUGGGAAGUUGAUGAAAUCAAGGAAUAUAUAGAGACCAUCAACAGCAUCUCUUCUAAGGACAGCAGCUUCCUGGAUAUGUUCCAGAAACAGUAUGCAAUUCCUUUGAUAGUUGGAAAUGGGUUGCUGGUGCUGCAGCAAUUCUCAGGGAUGAACUCAUACAAUAUGUAUACUGAUGUCAUCUUUGUUUCUGCAGGAAUCCCAAGCACUGCUGGGUUUUUGGCAGUGGCAUCUUUCCAGAUUGUGGGAGCAUUUUUGGCUGCUACAAUGAUGGAUAGAUAUGGCAGAAGACCUCUUCUACAGGCUGGAGUUAUAGGAACAUGCCUUGGGAGCUUGCUUACUACACUGUCAUUCAUCCUCCAGGGGUUUGAGGGAUGGAGUAGAAUGACUCCAACAUUGGCACUCCUAAGUGUAAUGAUAUACGAGGGAGCGAUUGCUGUCUGGAGUGGAAUUCCAUGGAUGAUUGUAGCAGAGCUAUUUCCUCUGAGCAUCAAAGGAUCAGCAGGGACAAUGUGUUGCCUAUCCUACAAUAUCUCUUCACUCAUGGUUUCAUUGACCUUCCAAUCUUUGCUUCAAUGGAACCCUCCAGGUACAUUUCUUAUAUACGCAGGUGCGAGUGGUGUGGCAAUAGGGUUUGCAGUCAAAUUGGUUCCUGAAACUAGAGGGAAAACCCUUGAAGAAAUCCAAUCCUCUUUCACCCACAAGAUGGGGAAGACCAAGAAGCAGGAAAGGGAAGAAACCAGCUGCAGUAGUGGAGAAGAAGGAAGAACACAGGCACAGCAGCCUCUCCUCCUUCCUCCUUCUCAGGACCAUGAUGGUGGCGGUCGAGAUUCCCCUCUCACUCCAACCUUUCUUCUCAGCAUCCUGGCAGCUGCUUGUGGAAGCUUCUCCGCUGGAUGCACUAUAGGAUAUACUUCCCCUGUUGAGUACCAAAUCAUUGAGGAAUUGGGUCUCUCAGUUGAUGAGUACUCGGUUUUUGGGUCAAUGAUGGUUGUUGGAGGACUGAUGGGUUCUAUAGUCGGUGGGAAGAUUACAGAACUCAUUGGAAGGAAACGUACGAUGUUGGGUCUGGAUGGACUGUUCAUAGUUGGAUGGUUGACAAUUGCAUUUGCAGAGGGUGCUCUACAGCUUGACUUAGGGAUGCUCUUGAUUGGAACUGGAGCAUCCAUCAAUAUUUACCUGGCCCCUAUGUAUGUUGCAGAGAUCACACCCAACAACCGAAGAGGAGCAGCUGUGUCAGUCACUCAGCUGACGAUGCUUUGCAGCAUUUCAUUUGCAUUCCUUGUGGGUUCAUUGAUCAGCUGGCGUGCCUUGGCUCUGAUAGGAGCAACUCCAUGUUUUGUGCAACUGCUUCUUGCUAUCUUCUUCAUCCCUGAGUCCCCUAGGUGGUUGGCUAAAACUGGGAAGGAAAAAGAGUUUGAAGCUGCCCUGCUGCAGCUUAGAGGAAGAACUGUUGAUAUCUCUUGGGAAGUUGAUGAAAUCAAGGAAUAUACCAAAAUCAUCCAUGGCAUCUCUAAGAACAGCAGCAGCUUGGAUAUGUUCCAGAAACAGUAUGCAAUUCCUUUGAUAGUUGGAAAUGGGUUACUGCUGCUGCAGCAAUUCUCAGGGAUGAACUCAUACGCAAUGUAUACUGCUGCCAUCUUUGUCUCUGCAGGAAUCCCUAGCACUGUUGGGUUCUUGGCAGUGGCAUCUUUCCAGCUUGUGGCAACAUUUCUGGCUGCUGCAUUGAUGGAUAGAUAUGGCAGAAGACCUCUUUUACAGGUUGGAGUUAUUGGAACAUGCCUUGGGAGCUUGCUUACUGCACUGUCAUUCAUCCUACAGGGAUUCGAGGGAUGGAGUAGAGUGUCUCCAACUUUGGCACUGCUAAGUGUAAUGAUAUACUCGGGAUCUAUUUCCAUUUGGAGUGGAAUUCCAUGGAUGAUUGUAGCAGAGGUAAUUUGA